AUGGCUUCCCAGCAGAAAACAUUCACUCUCAUGGCCUCCGACGGCGAGCAAUUCACCGUGAAAGAAUCCGUCGCCACGACGAUGGUGAUCGUCAAGCAUUUUAUCGAAGACAACGACGACGACUGUUCGUCGUCGACGCCAAUACCUCUGCCUCAGGUGUCGUCCCAUACUCUGUCUCAGGUGAUAACCUAUAUUGAUCAUUAUCUUAAUCUGAAAGACGCUAAAGCGGACGAAUAUAAUGCGGAGUUUGUGAAGGAUUUGAGCAACGAUGACCUGAGGGAGAUGAUUGUAGCGGUUAAUUAUAUUAAUGUCAGGUUUUUGCUCGACGUUUUGAAUAUGGAGCUGGCUCAUCGGAUUAAGAACGAGACGCCGGAGUAUGUGCGGAGCUUUCUUCGGAUUGAGAAUGAUUUUACAGAAGCAGAAGAAAAAGUUGUUCGCAAACAGUUCUUGCAUGCUUAUGAGGACAUUGAUAAAGAUUAUUAG